UGUUAGUUUUCGGCAAUUUCCUGGUUUGUCAACAAACGAUCUGUGCAGUGUAGUUGCAAUCUGAUUUGUAGUUUUGAUGUAGAUCGUGCAUGUUAUAAAUAUAAAUUCAGUGUUCUUCAGAAAAUGAAUGUAUAUACAUUUAUCGGAAUUACAGCCUAGAGCGUAUCUUUACAGUUUGCUUACAAACUAAGUUAUAUUUGAAUUUCCCGCAACAUUAGGCGCCUUGAAAGCAAACGCAUUCUGCAUCUCCAGCAGAAGCCAGUUACUGGUAAAGUGCUACAUUUUAAUCUCAGGAAAUGCAGACUACAGACAUAGGGAGCAAGGGAAACGGAAAGAUUUGGCACAGAAAACCUUCGCCAGCAUCCAGUGAUGGGGUAAUGGUUAAUGUUAUCCACAGUGCAGCCGGCUAUCCGUCCAAGACAGUUCGCUUUCUUCACGCUGCCUUUGACACAAAAGGGGAGGCUUUUCUUGCCGGAGAUCACCAUGGAAAUGUCUAUACGUUUGACUUAAACAGAAACAGGUUUAACCUUGUACAGAAGACUGGACAGGCAUGCACUGCUUUGGCCUUCAACCUGCGAAGGAAGACCGAAUACUUGGUGGCACUAGCAGACUACUCUAUCAAGUGUUUUGACACAGACACCAAGGAGCUGGUAAGCUGGAUGAGAGGGCACGAAUCAGCUGUCUCUUCCGUUUCUGUGCAUGGAUCAGGGAGAUAUGCCAUCACCACUUCCACGGAUACAGCCCAGCUCUGGGACCUGGACACUUUCCAGAGGAAAAGGAAGCUAAACGUCCGCCAGUCUGUUGGUAUACAGAAGGUUUUCUUUUUGCCUCUAAGUAACAUUAUCCUGAGCUGCUUUAAGGAUGAUUCUAUAUUCGCCUGGGAAAGUGACACGCUGCACUGUAAAUAUCAGUUACCAGUACCAGAGGAAGGGCCCAAGUUGCAUUACAAAGCUUUUGCAGUCACACAGGAUGGGCGAGUUCUGGUUGCUGGGGGGAAAUCAAACUACCUUCACUUGUGGUGUUUGGACACCAGGCAGCUGCUGAGAAUAAUUCAGAUGCCACCAAAAGUCAGGACCGUUCGUUCCAUGGUAUUUCUGCCUGACAGCUUUGAUGGAGGAUCGAGUCAGGUCCUUGGAGUUUUGAGUCAGGAUGGCAUAUUGAGGUUCAUCAACAUCCAGACUUGCAAGCUGAUCUUCGACAUUGGGAGUCAUGACGACGGCAUUGGUUCAGCUGUAAUUGCUCCAAAUGGACACUACAUUGUUGCUGUGAUGGAAAAUGGCAGCCUUAACAUAUACAACGUACAGUCUCUCACGCAGGAUGUUAAUAAGCCACCACCUCCUUUGGUCAAAGUGAUUACAGACUUUGACAGAAGCAAGGCUUCCAGAGAUCCAGUUUCUGGCCUGAAGAUGAAGGUGGCAUCUGGGCGUGUUGAGAGGCCUGUUAAGACAAGAGAUUCCAAAGCCCAGACCCGAAUCCUGAGACCUCCUGCGGACACACUGGAAGAUAAAGAGAAUGAAUUGCCAGAGGGUUUAAACAAAAAGAGACUGCAAGCCUUGCUCAAAGGAUUUGGGGAAUACCCAGCAAAAUACAGAAUGUUCAUCUGGCGCUCCUUGCUGCACCUUCCUGAGAACCAUGCAGCGUUCAGCAGCCUGACUGACAAGGGCACCCACUCUGCCUUUGUGAGACUCCACGAGGUCUAUCCCAUCAAGAGCACCAAGCUGCAGAGAGUCCUCCAGAGAAUAUUAUCAUUGUUGGCUCACUGGUCAGCCAUCUUUGGGGAGGUGCGUUACCUGCCGUUAGUGGCAUUUCCAUUUGUUAAACUGUUCCAGAAUAACCAGAUGAUCUGCUUUGAGGUGAUCGCUACAGUUAUAAUGAACUGGUGCCAGCACUGGUUUGAGUACUUCCCUAACCCUCCCCUCAAUGUGCUGAGUAUGGCAGAGAAUGUCCUGGCCCAUCAUGACAAAGAGCUGCUCCAGCACCUUGUGAACUGUGGAGUAACCUCGCAGCUUUACGCCUGGCCGCUUCUGGAAACCCUGUUCUCUGAGGUGCUGACGCGAGAAGAAUGGCUGAAGUUAUUUGAUAAUGUUUUCUCCAACCACCCCUCUUUUCUGCUGAUGGCAGUAGUGUCAUAUGUGAUCUGCUCCCGGGCUCCCUUAAUACACUGCACAUUGAAGGAUGACUUUGAGUAUUUUUUCCACCAUCGCAAUAACUUGGAUAUUAAUGCAAUGAUCAAGGAAACCUAUAGACUCAUGGACAGCACUCCGACCGACCUCCAUCCACAGCGCAUGCUGAGUGACUUUGAGCCCUUAACCAGAGGGCAGUACCCAGUCUUCAACAAGUACCCCACCUUCAUUGUGGAGUACCAGUCCCAGGAAAGGGAGAGGAUUCGACAACAGGAGUUAGAGUAUUUAAGGGAAAGGCAGAUAGCCCACGAGCUGGAGUCUGAGGCAGUGAAGCGGAAGGCUGGGGACGAGGCGUGGUACAAACAGCAGGAGCUACUCCAGGAAGCAGAGGAGCAGAGGAGGAAGAUACUUCUGGAGGAGGAGAACAAACUGAUGGCCCAGAGAGUCCGGCUGGCUGCUAUGAAACGGGAGGUGAAAGUGAAGGAGCUGCAUGUGCUCGAUGCAUCACGGAGGCGCUUUCUGAAAUACCAGCAGGAUCAGAAGAAAAUGGAGCUGAGGAGACUGGAUGAUGAGAUUGACAGAAAGAGGUCACUAAGAGAGCAAGAAACUGGCACUGCGGUGCAAGACAUUGAAAUACGUCAAAUGGAACUGGAGGCCCAGAGAAGAAUGUUUGAACAGCAACUUGCUAAGGAGCAGGAGAGAGUGACCCAGGAAGUAAAAGGACAGGUGGAUGCUUGUCGGCGAAAGGCAGAAAUCGAAGAUCACAUGUUAUACAAACUGAUAGAAACGGAUGCGUAUCAUGACAUUGGCGCCAAGACGAAGAUGGAGGAAGCAUUGGCAGAGGCAGAUCAGUUGUGCACCGACACAGACUGGCAAGUGGAGAUGAUCAGCAGACAGCAGCAAGCGGAUACAGACAGAGAGAGGGAUCACCAAGUACUGGCCAGACUGAGCAGAGGGACACGGGCCAAGGAGGGGCAGAUCCUCGGCCUCAUGAAGGAGGUUGAGGGAAAGAGGUGGGAGGAUGUUGUGGAGAGAAGAGCUCAGCUGGAGGAAGAAAAGCAGAGCAGUGUUUUAGCCGAAGCUCGCCGCAGACAGUUCCUGGCUGAAGAGAUGGCACAGGCCAUGCAGCAUGAGGAGAACCUGAACAGGAGUCAAGGAGAGUCUUUUGAGAGACUGAGGGACCUAAGAGUAAGAUCUCCAAACUCAGCUAGGAGAUUACUGACAGAGCCUGUUGCUGUGGAGCCCAAACCUCGAAACAUCUGUCUAAACGACAAGUCUUCGGAUGAUUCAUCCUCUCACUUUUCUUUAGACAGAGGGAGAAGUGACCUAGAAACCAAGGAGCGUGAACUGAUGAUGGACGUCCGAGAGCUCCGGCAAAAGCUUGCAGCCCGGGCAAGAAGCACAGUCCCACCAGCCUAUUCCUCCAGCACACAAAACUGAACUCCCAUGUCGCUUUCCCCUAAAGACAAUCAUUGAGAGUACAAUUACUUUAUUGUCUAUUAAAAGCAAUAGAGUAAAUUAUAUCCAGCUCCACACAACUUGCUGUAAUUCCAUUUCAGUAUGGAAAUUGCGCACUCUAUUAGUCUGUCUCCUUGGUGGUCAAAAUAGAGGGAUGCAACCACACAGUUAGAACAUUAUUUCAACUGAAAAGUUUGAGAAAACAAACCGCAUCCAAGGUUGUCUUUUUUUUUUUUUUUUUUUUUUUU